GUUACGAUGACAGAGAAAACGAUCUCUUUCUCUGCGACACCAAUACCUGUAAAUUUGAUGGGGAGUGUUUAAGGAUUGGCGACAGCGUGACUUGUGUCUGUCAGUUCAAGUGCAACAAUGACUACGUGCCCGUCUGCGGCUCCAACGGCGAUACCUACCAGAACGAAUGCUACUUGAAGCAGGCUGCCUGCAAGCAGCAGAGCGAAAUACUCCUGGUGUCCGAAGGAUCGUGUGCGACCGAUGCCGGCUCAGGAUCUGGGGACGGAGUCAGUGAAGGCUCAGGUGAAACCAAUCAAAAAGAGACGUCGACCUGUGACAUUUGCCAGUUCGGGGCAGAGUGUGACGAAGAUGCAGAGGACGUUUGGUGUGUGUGCAACAUUGACUGUUCUCAAACCAACUUCAAUCCUCUUUGUGCUUCCGAUGGGAAAUCUUAUGAUAACGCAUGUCAAAUCAAAGAGGCAUCAUGCCAGAAACAGGAGAAAAUUGAAGUCAUGUCUUUGGGUCGAUGUCAAGAUAACACUACAACAACCACAAAAUCGGAAGAUGGGCAUUACGCAAGAACAGAUUAUGCAGAGAAUGCAAAUAAACUGGAAGAAAGCGCAAGAGGGAUCUACAUCCCUUGUCCAGAGCAUUACAAUGGCUUCUGCAUGCACGGCAAGUGCGAGCACUCCACUAGCAUGCUGGAACCGUCUUGCAGAUGCGAUGCCGGCUACACUGGACAACACUGUGAAAAAAAGGACUACAGCGUUUUAUACGUGGUUCCAGGUCCAGUACGAUUUCAGUAUGUCUUAAUAGCAGCUGUGAUUGGAACCGUCCAGAUCGCCAUCAUCUGUGUUGUAGUCCUCUGCAUUACAAGGAAAUGUCCCAGGAGCAACAGAAUCCACAGACAGAAGCAAAACACAGGGCACUACAGUUCAGACAACACGACGAGAGCAUCGACAAGUUCUAGUGGCAAUUUUGAGUCUACUGAACUCAGUAGUAGGGUUUUGAGUUGGUCCAAGAUCAGCGACAAUUAUGGAUGUGGGAAAGGGGAAAAAUAAUUUAACCUACAUUGAGGAGGGAUAAAAUAUUUCAGAUCCGGAGUCAACUACAUUGCGUCAGCCUUCUUCUCCCAUACCAUCCACCUUUACUCUCCCAUAGCUUAGGAAGUCUUUGGCUUCUAAAUUCAGUCCUAACCGAAGGGGAAAUGGAAAUUGUCGGUAACGGCGAUGGGAGUGUCGGGGGUAGCGUUUCGAUUUGGGAGGGAAUUAGCUGUCUGUCAAGGUGAACCCUACGAGAACGCUUUGCAGAGUCUCCAGCUCUGGUCGCGGGAGUGAGUGAAAAUUGCUUCUUGCUGUUGAUUGAAAAUUAUUAGGUUAAAAAAGUUAAUAACAUAAUAACAGCUGAAAUGCCAGCACCGUUUGUACCUCAUGAACACACUGAUACAAUUUAUUUUUUCAAAGAGAAGGUGAAAACCACUCAGAAAAUACCUUAUGAAUAACUUUGUGGGUGACCCUACUCCAUUAAACGUAAUGAACUCAAAUGUUGGCUACACCUCAGGAAAAUAAGGGCGUGUGUUUUGUCACAUCCCCAUGAUGGACAA